UUAAGGACUGUAUGAUGAUCCAAAAAAUUUUACAGAAAAUCCGUUUGUUUGAAAAUGGUGGCUUUAUAGAAUUUCAAAUUAUGCCAGGGUGGAUUUUUGAAGCUCAGUUUUAAAUUCCGUGUGGUGAUCCGUAAUUUACGUCUGAUCUUCAUCAGAUCAUUUAUGUGAUUCAUACAUGAAGGAAGAUAAGUUAUUUUGCAUCUGUGGACUAAUCGUCGGGAUCGUAUUGCUAUUUUAUGUAUUGUCGCCGUAUAGUCCGACAUGUUUACUAAGAAGCUGUAUGCAUAAUCAGAAUGACCGUACAGGUUUUCUGUAUGCUGUUCCAACUACAAAAACAACUAAGCAUUUGAUGACAUAUACGAGAGAUAAUUCAAGUAAUGUGUCUGUGCUCGUCUUCAUCCAUAUUCAGAAAACUGCCGGUACACUUCUAGAACGUCGUUUAGUUAAAGAUGGUUUAGUGGGCAAAACAUGUUACUGUUUUUUCAGAAGACGCUGCAAUUGUAAAACGCCAAGUGGUGAUACUUGGCUUGUCAGCAGAUAUUCUACAGGCUGGGUAUGUGGACUUCAUGCUGACUUAACUGAAUUAACGGAAUGUAUUGACAGCAAGCUAAACAAAGUGGACCAUCAUAUUAUUAAAAGAAGGUACAUAUAUUUUACUUUGUUACGUGAUCCUGUCGAUCGUUUUAUUAGUGAAUGGCAACAUAUACGUCGCGGUGCUACAUGGCAUACAGCUACUCUUCGAUGUAAUAAACAAUACCCACCACUUGAACACUAUAAACCAUGUUAUUUUAAUGAAGAAAUUGUCGAAAAUAUCCCGUCUAAUGUAUCCAUUAAAUCUGUUAUAGAUUGUCCUUACAAUUUAGCAAGUAAUCGUCAAACAAGAAUGUUAGCAAACCUUUCUAGUCUAGGAUGUUAUAAACAUUUAACGAAAUGGUCUCAACCUCUCAAUGUUACAGUAUUAACCCAUAUUCCACGAGUUUCAUUAGCUCUUUUAAACAGUGCUAAACAUAAUCUUGUCAGUAUUAUCAGUUGUUAUGGUUUAAGUGAAUACUUAAUUUAUUCACAAUACAUAUUACAAAAAUGUUUACAUAUUACUUUUAAACGUUCAUUUAUUGAAUUUAAUAAAAUAUCUUUUAUGAAACAAAGAUUAUUGUUUACACAUGCUACAAUAAUCCGUCCCAAUUUAAAUCAGUCUACUUUGCGUGAAAUACAAAAUGUAAAUAGGCUAGAUAUUUUUCUAUACAAUUUCGCCAAACAAUUAUUUGUGUAUCGAUUAGUAAAUUAUUUAUUAUUUGAUUCGGAUAUACCGCUGCAUUUCAGACGACCUUUACACACUAUUUGGCACAAUAGACCUAGAUCUAAGUCAUAUAUAUAUCUAAGUUAUUUACUGUUUUCCAAUCCUAUCAUCAAUUAUCAUGAUGCUAAUAUCAGUAGUAAUGCAUUUUCAUAUCGUUUCAAUUUAUUUCUUACUAAUUUGUUCAUUCGUAAAGGUAGCAUUCCAGUAUCCGAGUCUAUUUUAACCAGUGAAAAUAAGAAAUGGAGUGAUCGACUUUCUUACGAUUUUAAAAUCUAGUUUGUAAAUUACUUAGAAUUUGCUCAUCGACCCCCUCCCUCUUCGCUCACUUUUUGUAUUUCUAUUUUUCCGACCAGUUUUGGAUUAUAAAAUGAUGUUUGUUUUACCAAAUAUUAUUUAAAGUAUUUUUUCACAAAUUAUUCUAGUGAGAAGAGUAAAGAAAAAGCAACAAACUAUGAAAAGCAUUUGUAGGGGUGGCAUUAGUAUACCUAAUUUCUGUGCGUUAUUAUUAACGGUUAUUUCAUAUGAUUUUCAUUUUUUCAUAAUCGCCGGUUUUCAUUUUAUUCAGCAUAUCUUCUUUUUUUUCUCAAAUAAUUUUAAUCUAAUCAUGAGCUAAAUAUCCUUAUUUUGUACCCGAAAUGUAUUAUUUUAGUUAUUGUACGUUGUCGUUCAGUUGUUCAUAUCUCUAGAUAUGUACAUUUAUGAGUUAGCGAUUCAUUUAGAUACAAACGUUUGGACUAAUAUCUUCUUGCCGUAUUUUCUCAUUGGAUGUUGGGGAAAAAGAAGUAUCUGAACAUGUGGUUAGUGUUCUUAUAACAGAUUUUUUAGUCAAGCAGUUAAAGUGGACAGUUCACAGGAUCAAAUCACUAGUAGUCGGACUCAAUUUGUUGUCACAGGGUUAUUUUAAGCAGCUUAAUGUAUCAACAGCAUCACUAAGUUGUGAGUGAGUUUUCUCGAAUUUCUAACAUCAGGACCAGUAGAUAUCAGAGGUCACCACACAAAGAUUCCUAAGGCUGUGAUUAUUUUAAAUUCACUUCCAUCGGGGUGAGAUAAUUUUUUAAGUAUAUGAGUCAACUGUUCUAACGAAGUGUGUCUACUGGGAUAAUAACUUUCUUGAUUUCGAUUUAUACUUGAAUUAAGUGAAAAGUCAGUCUCAUUCCCUCAAGGGCAUUCCUGGACUGACAAAAUAUCUGUCCUAUACUCACUUUCACUUUUAAUGACAUGCUUGGGAAUCCUCAGAAGUGGGAAAAUAGAAAACAAAUCCACUUGCGCCAUUACGAACGAAUCUGAGCAAUGUCUUGCGAACCUUCCAACCAUUGAUUACUGUAGUCUCAUGGGGCCCAACAAAGUAGUCUGCACCAACCUGUAUGACUUGAUCCAACAGUCAGUGACUCCAUGGAUUAAUACCAUGUCUUGGUUUGCCCGUAAACAGCUUUCUCCCUACUUACUCCAACACCAGCGGUCACCGCGAGUCUGAGUCGCCAUACGUAAUAUACGUCCCAACAGUGUGUCGAUAAACACUUACUACCUCAUCAAUGGAUUUGUCAUCUUUAUCUAAUGCUCUACGUCUAAGUAAAGUACUUCGAACUCCGUGGUCCCAAAAUACACGACAUUUUUGAUCGAGUUCUAGUAACCUGCGCAUAUCAUCUAUGUUAAGGGCCACGUUUCAAAGUCGUAAAGUAGGACGGAAUAAACUGUUGCUCAGUAUACUCAUCCUCUAGUUGGCAGAUAGAUAUCUCGCAAGUUGACAAGAGCCAGUCAAACUUACUAAAUCCAUACCGAGAUUUCGUUGGAUAUCAACUCAUCAGGACUGAUGAAACUUCUCAAAUAAAUGAAGGCACCGACAAACUCAACUACUUCACUUUUUACUAUUAGUUCAUGCAUUGAUGUAGACUAAACUUAAGGUGACUUCUUGAAUUUGGAGAGAGAAACACCGAAAGCAUGCUGACAUUGUUGUUUGAAUCAAUCAGAAGACGUCUUCUUCAAAUAGGACUACAUCAUCUGCUUCAACAAAUGAAUCUCCAAGUAGAUAAUUGUGGAUGUCUUUAAUAAUGAGUAUUUACUGCUGUAUUGUAGUUGAAUUCAACUAGUCAACUUUAAUUGUUCAAAAAUGCUUUCAUAGAAACUACUCCGCUUCUAUCUGGAUGAUAUUUCG